AUGAAGACCAUGCUCCUUCACGUUGCCCUCUUCCUUACCACUUUGGCUGGCGCCAUCUUCCAGCUCGCCGGUGGAAAAUCCACUGGCAUUGGCGGAAAUAUCGCAGGCUCAACCAUCACCAUCCCGACAGCGAAGCCUGUCCCUUACAACCAGUCCUGCACGGCGAGCACCUACGUCCUUAACGGAACCAUUCUUAGCCUCUACUGCAACACCGAUGAUUACGCGAACUGGUACUACGAUUGGACCUCGAUUGAUCUGGACGUCUGCGUGGGCAACAAUGCUGGAACACUGAUUCCAUACCCUGGAGGAAACUUUUCCAGCAGCUGUGGCAACUGCAAUGUCACCUGGAGCCACGUCGAGGAGACCCCUUACAGCACCACCUACGUCACCGGCGUCGACUCGGCCGCGUUGAGCAGUGUCAGCGCUCUCUUUACGCCUCGCUGGGACGACUUGUACCUGAGCUGCUCGGGCUGUAACGCUGGGUUCGGCACCACUGUCGUGCCCGGCCAGCUUCCUCUGAACCAGGUCCUGAUCAACAACGAUGGCACUCUCGGCUGCUUCAGCGCCUACGGUACCACCCAGAGAGCAGAGCCCUUGAUUGCGCGUGUCACUGCCCCUCAAGUUGCCUUCGCAAAGCCCACCCAGACCUCGAAUGGACGAGCUGCGAUAUCCACUGUCUAA